GUUUGUAUUUCAGGAUAGUAAAGUGAUGAAGUACGAUUGGUGUAUCAGUCGCAUGGGUGGAUCUCAUAAGAGUUUUAAAGGUAUUCGUGUUGAAAGGGGAUAAAGAAAGUAAUAAAGAUAGGGUCAUUGAAAGCAGUACAACAGAAUUUAAAAAUAACAUUCACUCAUGAGCGUUUGACAACCUAAGAUGAGGUGGUUCGUAUUGAUAUGGGUUCUUUUAAAUGUCUGGGCAAUAAAUGCUUUCAAUUUGGAAGCACGAAUACCUGUUAUUAAAAGAGGAUUAAGUGGUUCGUACUUCGGUUAUUCGGUAGCUGAACAUCAAGAACUAACUGAGGAUGGUACUGAAAAAGCUAAAAGUUGGAUGUUAAUUGGCGCUCCGUUAGAUCAAAAUAGACAACCUGAAACAAAUAGAUCAGGUGCAUUAUGGCAAUGUCCAUUAACCACAUACACAAGGGAUUGUAUUCAAGUUAUCACAGAUGGACGAUCAACAGCAGAGGGUGGUCUGUAUGAUUCAAGUUUUGAUUCUGAUGAUUUAGUUCCUCCUGGUAAGGAUGAAAUAAAAGAUAACCAAUGGUUAGGAGUUACAGUACGUAGUCAGGGUGUUGGUGGCAAAGUAAUGGUAUGUGCUCAUCGACACAUAGUUAAAACUGCAGACUCUCGAUGGGGACAGGGUCAAUGCUAUAUAUUGACUCAGGAUUUAAAGUAUCAAGAUUUAAAAAAACCAUGUUCAGGAAAACCUACUAAUAAAGCACACGAACAAUUUGGAUAUUGUCAAGCUGGUACAAGUGGAAUAUUAACUUCUGAGGAUCGUGUGGUCAUUGGUACACCUGGACCACAUACAUGGAAGGGAACAUUGUAUCUUUUUACUGUGUCUGAUGAAUUUUUAAAUAGAGACAAUACUGUUUACAAUGUUCCAAUGCAAGAUUCCUCACCUGUUAACAAAUAUAGUUACUUAGGUAUGUCAGUAGCUGUGGGUAACUUCUUUGGAAAUGGUUUAUCAUAUGCAGCUGGAGCUCCGCGUUCAAAAGGAACAGGACAAGUUGUCAUUCUCACAAGAAAAGACAUUAAACCUGAUAUGGAUGUUGCUUUAAUCUUAAGUGGUGAACAAUUUGCUUCAAGUUUUGGAUAUGAAAUUACUUCAGCAGAUGUUAAUGGAGACAAAAUUACAGAUUUAAUUGUAGCAGCACCGUUUUAUUUUAAUAAAGCAGAAGGUGGAGCUGUUUAUAUUUAUACAAUGCUAUGUAAAAAUAUUAAAGAUAAUGAUAAAUGCAAACCCGUUAAAUUAGUCGGACGCGAAGAAUCAAGAUUUGGAUUUGCAUUGACUAACUUGGGAGACUUGAACAAAGAUAGCUAUGAAGAUAUUGCUAUUGGUGCUCCUUACGAAGGGAAAGGAACUGUCUACAUAUAUCUUGGAUCUAAAAAUGGAAUCAUUACGACGCCAUCACAAAUCAUUCAUUCAGAAGAUACUCCAGUACCAUUACGCACCUUCGGAUAUUCUUUAAGUGGGGGAAUUGAUAUGGAUCAAAAUGGUUACCCUGAUUUAUUGGUUGGUGCUUAUGAAGAUGAUGCUGCUGUACUUCUUCGCUCAAAAAAGAUUAUUGAUAUUACUACAUAUAUUAAUUAUCUUAAAAAAGAUGGAACAUAUCAAGACAAGAUAGAUCCUAUAGAUCCUAAUAAAUUAGGAUGCACUGCACGUCCUGAUGCAAAUCAUACAUGUUUUUCAUUUGAAGCAUGUUGUAAAACAGAAUCUUUGGUUAAAGAAGAAGACAUGCAAAAUUUACGAUUAAAUUACUACAUAGAAGCUGAGACUUAUUCUGGUGUAAAAAAGUUUUCUAGAGUUUGGUUUGGUAUCGGUAAUACACGUCCUCAUUAUGUUAAUCGUACGGUUACUUUAGAUACAACAAAAUUGAUACAUUGUCAAACGGAGAUCGUAUACUUAAAAGAAAAUACUCGUGACAUCCAAUCACCCAUUAAAUUUCGUUUAAAUUAUUCGUUGAUACAAGAAGAACCAAUGAUGCGUAACGAAGGAGAUCCAUUGCCCGACAUAAAAAAUUAUCCUAUUCUUAAUCAACAAGAAGCAGCUCGCAUAUUUGAAGCAACAUUUCAAAAAGAUUGUGGAGAGAAUGAUAUUUGUGAAAGUGAUUUACAAGUAUAUGCUCAUUUAAAUUUAUCAGUGUCAUCUGUUAAACCUAAUUUUUACGAAUUACUUCUCGGUGAAAGAGAAGAAGUAGUGGUUGAAGUUAAUGUAACAAACGUUGGCGAAUCUGCAUAUGAAGCACAGCUUUUUAUAACUCAUUCACAAAAUUUAAAUUAUAUUGCCAGUAAAAGUAAUGAUUCUGUAAUCUGCAAUUUAUAUAAUGCAACAUUAGUAGCAUGUUCUAUUGGCAAUCCAUUUAAGAAAGACAAAAUGGUAAACAUACAGGUGCGAUUUGAUCCUAAAGGUUUAGAAGAUAAUGAAUCAUUAUUAGAUUUUGUGAUUUUUGCUAAUUCGACAUCUAAAGAAGUGACUGAAAAGAAACCUACUCUUUUACAAGCUACAGUUUUAAAGAGAGCUGAAUUAUCAAUAAAGGGAAGUGCAAAAACUCAAUGGGCGUUUUAUGGUGGACCAGUUAUUGGCGAAUCAGCUAUAAAACACUUGAGUGAAAUAGGACCUAAAGUUUCACACACUUAUGAAGUAUUUAAUGAAGGACCAUGGAAAGUAAGUAGCGUAGAAGUGCGAAUUUCGUGGCCAUACGAAGUUGCAAAUGACAAAUCUCAUGGUAAAUGGUUAUUGUACUUAGAAGAAUUACCAACUGUACAAGCCUUAGGCGAAGGAGAAUGUACGCUUCCACCAGGUCAUUCAGUUAAUCCAUUAAAAUUACAAGAUUCUGUUAAUUUUGAAGACUUGGAUACAAUUUUUCCAACUCCAUCUACAUCGCCUCCUAUUUUGUACAAUCAUACUAAUCAUAUAAGAAUGAAACGAGAUACAGAAAAAGUUGUUAAUACUCGAACAAUUAUUGAUAAGGAUGGAAACAAACAUUAUAUAGUUUCUAUGAAUUGUAAAGCAGGAACAGCAAAAUGUUUUGAUAUAACGUGUAUUAUAUAUAAUUUACAACGAAAACAAGAAGCGAUUAUAACUGUCAAAGCAAGACUUUGGAAUUCAACGCUAGUAGAAGAUUAUCCAAAAGUAGAUAUGGUAAAGAUAGGUUCGAAUGCAAGAAUAAUUAUACCCCCUAAUGUCGUGAUACAACAAGAAAAUUUAAAAGACGAUCAUGCGAUUGCUGAAACAAUUACAUAUCCAGAUCCUCUGGAUCAACAGGAUGUAGAGCCUGUUCCUAUCUGGAUAAUCAUAGUAGCAGUAGUUGCAGGUUUACUACUAUUCAUUUUACUUACACUAGUACUUCGAAAGUUAGGAUUCUUUAAACGAAGACGACCGGAUCCUACUUUAUCUGGUAAUCUUGAAAAGCACAGAGAUGAUAAUCCAGAAAAUGAAGCUUUAUUUAAACACUGAAAACCUAUAUAUACAUAUUUAAAAAAAAAAAAAAAAAGGAAAAGAAUGAAUCACAAAGAAUACUUACAAUGUGGCUUUGACGAAUUGUCACAAUACUUACAUUCAGUACUUAUGGAAAUAAAGAACCAAUAGCUGACAGCAGCUUUAAGAUGACAUCAAGGCUGCUUAUAAAUUUUUUACAUACACUAUGUGUAUAAUAGAAGCAGCUAAGAGUACAUAUAUACAAUUUAAAAAAGAAAUUGUGAUAAUGACCUCUUAUUAAAUGUUUACUUUUUUUUUUUUCCAUAAUAGUGCUAGCACUAUUUUUAAAAGAUAUACUUUUAUAUAUAGUAUAUGUAUUUACGUAUUUAUGUUUACAUAGUAUUUUUAUUUUGAUAGAUCAUAUUACGAUAGCUGCUGUUAAUUUAUCACUUAAUUUAUCUCAGUUGAAGGAAAUUUAAAUUACUUAUUUUUUAUCAUCAGGAGAAUGAUCACAAACAUGCUUUAAUAAUAACAAAGCAGAAAUUAUACAUCAUCGUUUUGAAUCAUUGUUUGGAUUAUAAUAUUAGGUCUAUAAUGAAGACUGUUACAAAAUAAUGCUAAUAGCAACAUUUAUUUACUUAAUUUUAUAUUAAGUUUGCAUACGUGUAUGCAUGGAGUAAUAAUGUAUGUAAGGACAUAUUUACGAUACGUAAAGCCGCUUUUCUUUGCCAUGUCAUCAAAAAGAAUAGUAUAUUAUUAUAAUAAUAGAUUAUCACAAGUUACAUAUUGCCUUACUUAAAAGAAAUUAACAGUUUAGAUAAAAUCACACAAAUGAAAAUUUGUCAUUAUCUCCAUAUUGCUUCAUAUAAUGAUACUGCCCUAUAGAUUAGGAUAAAUUUAUAGUUGGUAGUAUCAUUAUAUGUCGUUAUCAUUAUUGAAAAUACUUUUAUAAAAAAAUAUUAUAUAUUUUCGUAAGGUAAACUUAUAUUAUACAAAAGAAAAUUUUAUAUAAAUUUAUACGAAUUAUUUCUUCCAAUGUGUUCAUAUAAUUAUUUCAUGAGUUUUUAAAUUUUAUUUAAAAUAUAUGAAAUAUUUUAAUAGUAAAAGGGAAGAUGUAACUUCUAUUAGAAACUUUUUCGUUUCGAAGUUCAUUUUUACACCGUGCCAAUUAUUGAAACAUAAAUAAGUGAUAAACGUGCUUUUAAAUUUUCCCAGUUUUUUUCUUUUAAUAUUUAUAAAUAAAACAAAUAGUAAUUUAAGAUUUACAUAGUCAUUAUAAUUUUAGAUAUCUAUAUUGUUUUUAAUUAAUUAAGUAGAUUCAUAAUGUCAAUUUUGAAAUUUUUAUAAUAUUGAUACUUAUUUUCAUAUUCGUCAAAAUGCAAUGAACGCUCGCACAUAUAAAUCAUGAACUUACAAAUUAAGUAUUUAUACAUUUAUUAAACAAUUAAUCGUGUGUAGAUAGAUCAAAAUUUAUCAUAUAAUUUAUCAAUAUUUUUUAAUCAUCAUUUUGAUAGAAAAAUAAUUAUGAAUUCCAGUUACAUAUGUAAUACACAUGUUGUAACACAUUCCUUGAAUGACUUAGAGAUUUCUCAACAAUGAGGGUAUACUAGAAAAGAGAGUAAUGAAAUGAUGAAAGCAUCACUUAUAGUAUGAUGCAUUAAUCCUUUUGACUUCAAAAAGAUGAUCUAAGAAAACAUGAUAUAUAAUUAUAUAUUGAAGAUGUAAAAAGGGUUAAUGUUAUAUAAAUUGUAGAAGCUCAUUAUGUGUGAAGACUUGGAGGUACUGCCUAUAUAAGUUAAACUGCCAUGUAAAAUGCUAAUACACAUGCUUAUAAAUAAAUGCUAAUUCUGGUA